AUAGGAGACGAAGAAGAAGGCGGCGACCAUGUUGAUUUAAAGGAAGAAGAAACACAAUAGAUUAGAUUUAUUUCAAGAAAAUUUCAGUAAAUUAAAAAGGCUUUUGUCGACCCACCGCAUACAGAGCAUCGCUUUUAAAAUAAGGAAGAAAUUGAGGUGGCAAGUUUUGAGUUGUCUGCCUGGAUUGGUUUUUUCGGAGGCGGAGGGUUGGUCAGGGCCACGCUCUCGCACUUGACAGGCCGAACCGAAAAGCCGUGGUGUGGAAGGAACGAAGGUCGGACACCUGGAGCACAAAGGAAACGCACUGAAGACUCAACAGGGCUGGAAAGCUUCUUGGCUUUGGACUAAAUAAGCCCUUGUAGGAUUUUUUUCCACUUAAUCCCCCCCCCCCACACACACACAUGGAGUGACGUUUGCUCCCACAGUGGAAAUAAACAGAUUUACAGACUACAUGAUUUUUGGGGAGGAACUUGUACAAAGUUGGACAUAUUUUUUUUAAGAACAGGAGUAAUAAGUAGCUCUUAUGGACUCCAGGUGGAAACAAGAAAUAUUGAUGAAUUUGGAAACGGAGGUAUUGAACUGAGAUUAUAUCGACGAAGCUAUUCCCCAAGUGCAGAUUGCCUUAGUUGUUCUAUUUCAGGACUUGCACCGCUUUGAUACUUGUUCACGUAUAAUUUUUCUAUAUUGUGGAUGAGUAUAUUCCUGCAUUUGAAUGCAGAUUUCUCUUCAUUUUGAAGAGCUUUUUGUAAAAAAGUUGUUUUUGUUGUGCGUCAGUCACUCUGUUGUUGAAGGGGACCGAACUGCACGUAUAUGUGUAUAUGUAAAUAAUACCAAUCCACUUCUGUUGCAAAAGCUUUGGACAUAAACAGAAUAGAGAAUAUUGUUUAAUGCUUUAUUGAACUUUUUUCUUUUUUACUUUUCAAAGAGAAUUUAAAAAAAACAAAAAAAAACUAAGAGGCAAAAAUCAAAUCUACUUGGAAGAAAUAAAAGCUGAAGUCAGGAAAAAUGGCUACUGCCAGAACAGAAAAUGUGGGCCCGGUUGUGAUGGGACUGAAUAAGCAGAACGGGCAGCUCCGAGGACAGAGCAAACCCGCCUCGGUCCAGCCGGUGCCCACGGCUCCGGGAAAAAGUUUGGGUGCUCCUCAGAAAGCUGGCAGCGCCCCUCAGGACGGGGGGGGCAUUAAGUUUGGAGAUGACUGGAAAAAAAGUCUACAGCUCCCCCCCAAAGACAACAGGGUCAAAACCACAGAUGUCACAGCCACUAAGGGGAACGAGUUUGAAGAUUACUGUCUGAAAAGGGAACUCCUGAUGGGCAUCUUCGAGAUGGGUUGGGAGAAACCGUCACCUAUCCAGGAGGAGAGCAUUCCCAUCGCCCUCUCUGGGCGGGACAUUCUGGCUCGAGCUAAGAAUGGAACAGGGAAGAGCGGCGCCUACCUGAUCCCUCUGCUGGAGAGGAUAGACCUGAAGAAGGACUACAUUCAGGCCGUUGUCAUGGUGCCCACGCGUGAGCUGGCGCUGCAGGUGAGUCAGAUCUGCAUCCAGAUCAGCAAACACCUCGGAGGAGUCAAGGUGAUGGCCACCACCGGAGGCACCAACCUUCGAGACGACAUCAUGCGCCUGGACGAGACCGUGCAUGUGGUCAUCGCCACACCUGGUAGGAUCCUGGACUUGAUAAAGAAGGGCGUGGCCAAAGUGGACAGAGUCCAGAUGAUGGUGAUGGACGAGGCGGAUAAGCUGCUCUCUCAGGAUUUUGUGGUGCUCAUCGAGGAUAUCAUUAGCUUCCUGGCUAAGAACAGACAGAUCCUGCUUUAUUCUGCGACCUUCCCCAUCAGCGUUCAGAAGUUCAUGGCCAAGCACCUUCAGAAACCGUAUGAGAUCAACCUGAUGGAGGAGCUGACUCUGAAGGGCAUAACGCAGUACUACGCCUACGUCACCGAGAGACAGAAAGUCCACUGCCUCAACACGCUCUUCUCCAGGCUACAGAUCAACCAGUCAAUCAUCUUCUGUAACUCGACGCAGAGGGUGGAGCUCUUGGCCAAAAAGAUCACUCAGCUUGGUUACUCCUGCUUCUACAUCCACGCUAAGAUGAUGCAGGAGUACAGAAACCGCGUGUUCCACGACUUCAGAAAUGGUCUGUGUAGAAAUCUGGUCUGCACCGAUCUUUUCACCAGAGGAAUCGACAUCCAGGCUGUGAACGUGGUCAUCAACUUCGACUUCCCGAAGAAUGCCGAGACGUACCUCCAUCGUAUUGGAAGAUCAGGGAGGUUUGGUCACCUGGGCUUGGCCAUAAAUCUGAUCACUUCGGAGGACCGCUUCAACCUGAAGGCCAUCGAAGACCAGCUGGUGACCGACAUCAAGCCCAUUCCCAGCAGCAUCGACAAAAGCCUGUACGUGGCCGAGUUCCACACCGGCAGCGCCGACUGUGACGUGGAGGAGGUGGAGGAGAAGCCGGGCCGCCAGCAGGACAGCACCUAAAACAGCGUUGCAGCACACUGGGCUUUUGCAUAGACAUCUUCAUCUUCAUCCUCAUCUCUUGUUUUGGAGCCUGUCAAAUGGAUGUAAAGGCUUUUUUUUUGUUUUGUUUUUUUUGUUGUUUUUUUUGUGCUGCCUCCAUUAUUUUGUAAACAAAUUGUUGUUUUGCACCAACCUUACAGUGGACCAGAGGAUCGGUGGUUUUUAAAGCCGUCGUCCUCCCAACACUGUUUUCGCCAGCAGCAGCAGCAGCACCAGGAGGAGGUUCGGUCUAUUCCUGACGUUACAGAGGUGCAUUUACACCAGCGUCGUUCUGUCCACUCACCCUGCUGUCGUCACUUAAGUGCCUUACUGACUCCGAGUGCACUCAUCCAUUCAUCGCCUGCUGUCUCCGUCGCUCAGCAGCAGAGUACGAGCACAACGAAAACUCAUCCAACUUCAUCCAAACAUCCGUUUAUGCAAGUGAAAAUAAUAAAGCACACCUUCUCCUGGAGGUGUGUCGAAUCACGGCUCCUGAAAACCAUCCUGAAUGUGAACGUUUUUUUUUUUUUAACGUAAACGUUGCAAUAACGAAGGGCAGCUUUAUUUAAAUACUGCGUGACUGUUGUUUCCUUCCACUACCGAUUCAUGAGGACGAACCCUGUAAACAUGCGAGCAUCAUGGGGAACGAGUGCAGCUUCGUGCUGUUACGUUACGGCCGUUGAUCCUUGGAAGGUGUUUUACAUAAAAAAAAUUAAAGCUGGUUGGUUUCUGUAAAUCUGUUGGCUGCUGCAGCUGGUGGGUGAAAAUCUGGUGUUGAUCAGUCGGCUCCAGAGUUGGUGCAAAAUGACUUUAUCUUCUUUUCCCUGCACGUCCACAGGUCUUUGAGCUGUGGGAAAACUUGUUUUAAGCCUGGACGUGACAAAACUGCAGGUGGUGAAUGUAUUAGUUGCCAAUUUUUAACUCUGCUGCCCAGUGUUGGAAAGCCCACGGGCCCAAACUGCAGUCACUGCAACGUCGUUAAUAAUUCCAGCUGUUCCAGAAGUUCAGCUUCGUGCACCUGAAGGAAAGAUUUGUGAUAUUAAAACGAUGUCACUUAGACGCUGAGAAGACCAGAGCUGUUAAUCACGUGAUUAACAGAUGAAAUAUAGUUGAACAAUCAGCCGGUAAAAAGGAAAAAAACACUGAGGAAAAACUAUAAAUACGCUUUAAUUUUUUUCCUGCAGAAGUUCCUUUGUUCCUUCAACUGAAGACAUCCCAGUCCGGCUGAUUCCUGUUACUGGCCGAUCGAUCGCUCUGUUAAAGUUUACAGACACCAAACUGAAACCUGCGUGUGAAACUCAAAGUUCCCACACUGAUGAGGACCCUGAAGAGAUGAAGCUGUAGAAAAUUAAGCUAUAAUUUACAGCCUGUAGGUGUCCAUCUUAAAAAUGUUCUUUCACAACCUGCAGAUGGCGCCAAUUCACAAACCAGUCUGGCCCUUUACUGGUCAUUCUGGCCCGUUACUGGUCAUUCUGACCCGUUACUGGUCAGUCUGACCCGUUGCUGGUCAUUCUGACCCAUUGCUGGUCAUUCUGGCCCGUUGCUGGUCAUUCUGGCCCGUUGCUGGUCAUUCUGACCCGUUGCUGGUCAUUCUGACCCGUUACGGGUCAGUCUGACCCGUUGCUGGUCAUUCUGGCCCGUUGCUGGUCAGUCUGGCCCGUUGCUGGUCAGUCUGGCCCGUUGCUGGUCAUUCUGACCCGUUGCUGGUCAUUCUGACCCGUUACGGGUCAGUCUGACCCGUUGCUGGUCAUUCUGGCCCGUUGCUGGUCAGUCUGGCCCGUUGCUGGUCAUUCUGACCCGUUGCUGGUCAUUCUGGCCCGUUGCUGGUCAUUCUGGCCCGUUGCUGGUCAUUCUGGCCCGUUGCUGGUCAUUCUGGCCCGUUGCUGGUCAGUCUGGCCCGUUGCUGGUCAUUCUGACCCGUUGCUGGUCAUUCUGGCCCGUUGCUGGUCAGUCUGGCCCGUUGCUGGUCAGUCUGACCCGUUGCUGGUCAGUCUGGCCCGUUGCUGGUCAUUCUGACCCGUUGCUGGUCAUUCUGACCCGUUGCUGGUCAUUCUGACCCGUUGCUGGUCAGUCUGGCCCGUUGCUGGUCAGUCUGGCCCGUUGCUGGUCAUUCUGACCCGUUGCUGGUCAGUCUGGCCCGUUGCUGGUCAUUCUGACCCGUAGUUAGACCGUUACUGUCCAAUCAGUCGGGUGUGAAAGCUUUUGUGGUAACUUCAGUGUCGAACACAGUGUGGGAACUUUGAGUUUUCUGUUUCCUGCUUUUUAUCUGGAACAUUAAAUGUUUUCAGUGUCUUCGUGAAAUUUGACAGAUGUUUGUAUUUAAUAAUCAGGUCUUUUCUCCAGCUGCACAAAGCUGAACAUGCGUAGACGUUACCGCACCGGUUUGAGCCUCGGCUCGUGUGUUCUUGUGUCGCUUCAGAAACUCCUUCAGGUUUUUCUUUUAUCAUAAACUGGAUGUGAAAUGGCUUCAUGGACCACAGAGAAGUAACCAGCCUUGCCUGUAGAGGACCACAUCAGAAAAUAGUUUGUUUCUGCAGCAGCAAUAACCUUUAUAUUUUUUUUUUUAUUCUUAUUUUUCGGACUGUGAGCAAUGUGAGCUUCGUGUUUUUUUGGGGGGGGGGCUGUUUGGCAGCAGAAUUGUAGCAUCUUUGAACAGGCAGCUGUGACUUUGUUUUGUCCUCCCCACAGAGCAUCACUAUAAAAAACAAGAACAGAUUAUUUUUGCUUUUUAAGAUUCGUUUUUGUUGCUGUACUGAGAGGCUUUAGCACUGGGUAACUUCUGGAGGUUUUUGGGGCAAAAUUAGCAGAAGCCAAGUGUUUUAUCAGAUGCUGUCUGAGCAUCUUCAGUCUCCUCGCUGGUACUUAAAUCAUGAAGAGCUUCGAUAACGUCAUUUUUACACCAGAAACAACAAAAACCUUGUGAUUUACGUACCAGCGUGAAGUUAGAGGAGUUUCUGGAAAGCACUGUGAUCGUCUCCAACCCGGAGGAUCGGAGUGCCGAGACCCGUUUCCGCGACUCCAUCCAGUUUCCCGUCGGCUCAUCUUUAUACGAGGUGUUACGAAUCAUUUUGAGGCAACAAAAAAUUGUAAAUGAUUCAUUGUUUACAACAGUCGUUUACAAUUCUAAGAAAAAAACAUAAAAACAAAAAAAAUUUGCUUCACGGGUGGAGGAGUUUUUUUUUUUUUUCUUGAAAUGGAUUUUCAGGAUUUACUUUGAAGCAAAACCAAAAAAGUGGAAUGUGCAGAGUGUGCGAGUGAAGCGUUGCAGAAGCUUCAGCUGGUCCUGGAACAGUUUUACGGAAACAGUUGGCCUGAAUAAAACCGUCCAAUGAGCAGCUGAGCUGCAGCUUCACCUGCGGACUCGAGUGAGUGAGUGUCUGAUUGUUGGUGUGUUUGGUGUCAGGGAUGCGAUUCUUUGUUUUCGCCAUCUGCCUCUUCCUCCAGGAGUUUGUGGAUCUUUCCGAUGAGAUAUUUCAGAGUGUUUUGAGUUCGUAUCGCGUCCCCGAUGGCGUCUCCGUCGUCUCCUCUGUGACCCGUUUGUGACCCGUCAGGUGUCACAGAGGAGGCAAUGGAUGACAUUAUGAAUGUUGUAGUCGAUCGAGUGUGUGUGAGUGUGUGAGUGUGAGUGCACUCUGAUGUGGAGUGAUGGGUGGGUGGGCGGGGCAUUUAGCGUUCAAAAUUUCAAAAAGAGGCUUAGAAGUGGGCGGGGUUUAGGCACGGAAAGGAUUGCCGCUUGCGAUUGGACAGAUUUGUAAUUGGGUGGAGCUAAAUGAGAGGAAAGCUACGACGCUAGUUGGUGUCUCACCUGGGCAGACCUGAACGGCGUUGGAUCCGAGUUUGCUGCUCAGGUUUCAUGAAGAACUCGGCAGAUUGGUACGAAGCCGAGAUGCUGACAAUAACUUUAAAUUCUCCAUUUGAACGUAGCUGAGAAUAAAGUUUCCAAAUUUGAACCCCGUUUUCAAACCAACCUGUUUUCGCUCAUUUGAUGAGUUAUUUUCUCGUGGGCCUCGUGGUCUGGUACCCCCCCAGAACUGGCCCAGGUGACUUGGAUUAGUGUAAAACCAGACCCAGUUUUCCCUAGUUUUCCCUCUGAUGCCAUAAGAUUUAAAAACUCCGAUUUUGAUUGGAUGAGCUGAAAAGCAGAAAGUGUUGUAUUGUUCAUGUUUUGUGUUUGAGACAUGAGGUGUUCCAGCGACUUGACUCUGUCCUCUACUGUUGUAACGUGGAAAUGCACACAGGGCCUUUAAAAUCCAAUAAAUUGACCUGAACUUUA